AUGCCAACCUUUCAGGAAAUAGCGGCAGCUUCAAUACAGUCACGAAGCCGCAUUCGUCAUCACAUCUACCAAACACCUCUCAUCCCUGCAAAGAAGAUCGGUCGCAAUCUGAAAGCAAACGUCCUGUUCAAAGCUGAAAACUUCCAAUUUACGGGAUCGUUCAAGGUCCGAGGCGCUAUGUCCAAGUUGUCGGCACCAGGGCAAGGUCGAUUAAUCACUGCUUCAUCUGGCAACCAUGGAAUUGGAUGCGCGUUGGCGUCGCAGACUCUAUCAAAGGAUCUCACGGUUGUGCUUCCAGAGACUGUUAUUCCUGCCAAGUUGAACAUGAUCAAGUCAUAUGGCGUUGAGGUGAUUCUUCACGGCGCUGAGACUGGUCUCGCUGAGCAACAUGCUCAAAAGCUUGCAUCUUCGGGUGAUUAUACCUAUGUUUCGCCGUAUAAUGACCCCGAUAUUGUUGCUGGACAAGGCACCAUUGGCCUUGAGCUUCUUGAGCAAUGCGACCACAUCGACAACAUCUUUAUCUCAAUGGGUGGUGGCGGUCUUAUCAGCGGCGUUGGAUCCGUCCUCAAAGCAUACAAUCCACGCGUCAAAGUCUUUGGUGUUUCAGCGAUCAACUCAAAGGCUCUAGCUGCAUCAAUGGCUGCAGGUCACGUCGUCGAAACAGAGCAUCUUCCCACUCUAGCUGAAGCUGUUGCCGGCGGUAUUGAUGAGGACUCGAUCACACUUGAAUUGGCGAACGCAGUUGUUGAUGAGGUCAUUGAGUGCAAUGAAGAUGAGAUUAAAGAGGCAUUGAAGGAACUUGCUUGGUCUGAGAGUAUGAUUGUUGAAGGGUCUGCAGCUCUGGCUCUUGCUGGCUUUAACAAAGUCACGUCGAAUCUGAGUGGACAGACAAGUGUUGUACUCCUCUGCGGGUCAAAUUACGAUAAAGCCGCGAUCAGUAAGAUGAUCUCUGGACCAUGA